AUGGCAUCUGACGAGCUGGCUAGGAAGCUGCAGUCCAGGCUUGCUGCUACGCAGGAGGCUGAACCGAGGCAGGAGCCCGAGCAUAGCCCGGUCAGACCCAAACCGCAGGAGCCUGAGGCAGCCUGCGGUGAAUCGUCCUCCGAGCUGUCCGCCGUACUGACCCGCAGGCUGGACAUCAAUGAGGGCAAUGCUGCUCCUCGAGCGACCCGCGUCUUCAACCCUUACACGGAGUUCAAGGAGUUCUCCCGUAAACAGAUUAAAGACAUGGAGGCGAUGUUUAAACGGUAUGACACUGGUAAAGACGGCUUCAUCGACCUGAUGGAGCUGAAGCUGAUGAUGGAGAAGCUGGGAGCUCCGCAGACCCACCUGGGUCUCAAGAACAUGAUCAAAGAGGUGGAUGAAGACUUUGACGGCAAACUGAGCUUCAGAGAGUUCCUGCUGAUCUUCCGCAGGGCAGCAGCUGGCGAGCUGCAGGAGGAGAGUGGUUUGAUGGCAUUGGCCAGGCUGUCUGAGAUCAACGUCUCCACUGAGGGAGUGAUGGGGGCCAAAGACUUCUUUGAAGCUAAGAUGCAGGCCCUGUCUCUGGGAAGCAAGUUUGAGGCUGAGAUCCGAGAGGAAAAAGAAGAACGCAAAAGACAGGAAGUGGAGAAAAAACAGAGGCAAGCUGCCUUCAAGCAGCUGCAGUCGACUUUCUGCUCCUGA